AUGGCUACGACACCACGGGCAUCGCAGCGAUUCUCGGUGCAGACGACAGCGAGUGCGUCGUCUGCCUCGUCCCAUCCCUACGCACCUCCAGCGGAGAGCAUGGACGCUAGCACGGCUGCGACGUACUCGUUUGCAUCGACCUCGUCCAACCCGCCACCCUUCUCGUCGCGACGCACCUCUGCCAGCACGCUAUCGAGUACCGCCAACAGCUUCCACCAAACAUCCCUGAUCUCCUCACCCCCUUCUCACCGUCCUGCCUCGACUCGACAGGUAUCGACGCCAAGUACGGGGCUGGGAAGCCGAUUCGCAUCGUUCACCUCGGCUGCUGACGAAAGCACCUCCGCCGGUAGGGUGGAUAUUGUGGAUCGACCGAGGGACAAGACGCGGCAGAACGAGGUGAAUGCGUCGGCGCUCUCGUUUCUGUUUGGCGAGAUCGUGAGCUAUACGCAGAACCGCGUGACGGGCGUGACGGACCUCGAGAAACGGCUCUCGCUCAUCGGGUACAGGGUGGGGCAGAGAGUGUUGGGCAUGGCAAUGCAUCGACAGGAGAUGCUGCAGAAUCCCAAAAACCCCAAGCGCGAAACCAAGCUGCUGCCGACAUUGCUCUGGAUCCAUACGGCGUUUUGGAAGGCGGCGUUUGGCAAACCCGCCGACUCUCUCGAACGGUCCACCGAGCCAGGAAGAUCCGACGAAUAUAUGAUCUCGACGAAUGUGCCUACGUUUAGUCGGGCGAUUUGUGUGCCCAACGACAUGUCGCAGCUGUCCGUCGAAGCGAUCACGGCGGGCAUGGUUGAAGCGGCGCUGGACGGACUAGGCUUCCCUGCGCGCGUCACAGCACACACGGUCGGAACCCCACAACACCCUCAACGCACCACGAUCCUCAUCAAGCUCGACGCGGCGGUGAUGCAGCGUGAAGAAGCCCUCGCCUCGUAA